CUUCACCUCUUUUGAUGUAAAAGUCUAUCCCUGUCCACUAGUUCAACUUCCUGCAAAUCUAUAAAAAUCCAUGGUGGAAGACACCAGGGUGAUUUUAUUCUUGCCAACCAUUGUUUUAUGGUCAAAUUCUAUCUUAAUUUUCGAGAGGGAUCGAGGGGUAUCUAGCUAGAGAAAAGAAUACAAAGACAAUUAUACCAUAAGCAGAAGAUAGCGAUGUCAAGAGAAACAAGGUUAGACACUGUUCCACUCUUGUCAGUGGCUAUCCAUGGAGAAGAAGAAGAAGAAAUUAGUGACGGAAGUUGUUGGAGUCAAGCUUUGGACCUUGAAGAAGCCAAGAAUCAAAUUUACUUUUCGCUUCCUAUGAUCAUAACUAGUGUUUUUUAUUACUCCAUCACUUUGGUAUCUGUCAUGUUUGCUGGUCACCUUGGAGACCUCGAGCUCGCCGGCGCCACCCUUGCAAAUUCUUGGGCUACCGUCACUGGCUUUGCUCUCAUGGUUGGUGAUGGUUGUAGAGAAGGAAGAACCAAGGGAAGGUGGUGGAAAAGAGUUUUGGAUUUUGGAGAAGCUAAGAAACAAGUAUUGUUUGCAGUACCAAUGGUCUUAUCUAAUCUUUUCUACUUCUGCAUUACUAUGGUGUCUGUUAUGUUUGCUGGCCACCUUGGUGAGCUUGAGCUUGCUGGUUCUACCCUUGCCAAUUCAUGGGCCACUGUCACUGGUUUUGCUUUCAUGACAGGACUAAGUGGAGCACUAGAGACCCUUUGUGGUCAAGGAUUUGGUGCAAAAAUGUACAGAAUGUUGGGGAUUUAUCUCCAAGCAUCCUGCAUCAUUUCUUUCCUUUUCUCUGUUAUCAUAUCAAUCUUAUGGUUCUACACCGAACCGAUACUUGUCUUGCUUCAUCAAGAUCCUGAAAUUUCCAGAACUGCUGCCCUUUACAUGAAGUAUCUCAUUCCAGGUUUAUUUGCUUAUGGCUUUGUACAAAACAUUUUGAGGUUUCUUCAGACACAAAGCAUUGUCAUACCCUUGGUCUUGUUCUCUGUCAUUCCAUUGGGCAUUCAUUUUGGGAUUGUGUACUCUUUGGUAAAUCGGACAAGCCUUGGUUUCAAAGGAGCUCCCUUGGCAGCUUCAAUUUCAAUAUGGAUAUCAUUUCUUUUGCUAGCAAUGUAUGUCGUUUUCGCCAAGAAAUUUGAAAACACAUGGAAAGGAUUGUCUUCUGAAUCAUUUCACUACAUCCUCAGAAACUUGAAAUUAGCCCUUCCUUCCGCAGCAAUGGUUUGCUUGGAGUUCUGGGCUUUCGAGAUUCUUGUGUUCUUAGCUGGAUUGAUGCCAAAUUCAGAAAUAACUACUUCACUGAUUGCAAUAUGCGUGAAUACAGAGAGCAUUGCCUACAUGAUCACCUAUGGCCUCAGUGCUGCAGCAAGCACAAGAGUAUCAAAUGAAUUGGGAGCCGGAAAUCCAAACCGGGCUAAGCAUGCCAUGGCGGUGACUCUCAAGCUCUCUGUCCUUCUUUCUCUUGCAGUUGUCUUGACUUUGGCCUUUGGUCAUGAUGUUUGGGCUGGUUUCUUCAGUGAUAGCCGUUCCAUAAUCAAGAAAUUUGCAGAAAUGACCCCCCUGCUUGGCGUCUCAAUAGCAAUUGAUGCGAUACAAGGCAUCUUGUCAGGGGUUGCCAGAGGAUGUGGUUGGCAACAUUUGGCUGUGUGGGCUAACUUGGGGACUUUCUACCUCAUUGGAAUGCCAAUUGCAGGUGUUCUUGGUUUUAAGUUUAAGCUAUAUGUUAAGGGAUUAUGGAUAGGUUUAAUAUGUGGUCUAUCGUGUCAAGCAAGCACCCUUACGUUGAUUACAUUGCACAGAAAAUGGGCUAAGAUUGAUCUUCCAGAAGACAGGAAUAACGAAAUCUCAAUUCGGGUUUAACUCACGUUUAUUUAAGCAGAGGAAAAA